ACCAUCAGACGAUGAUGAACCAAAGUAUCGCAUCGAGGAGAGGGUCUAAAGACCGUUGCUAUGCCACACUGCCCGAGUCACUGUGCAAUGGGCAUGACUCUUCUGCGACCACGACAUUGUCUGUCAGACUUCCUUGCGGAGGACGAGAUUGCAUCGACAUUCUUUUCCAACUCGAUGUGACCCCCUGGCCAGCCAGUCCUGCAGGGGCGUUUCCUGAGACCCGCUGAGACACAGGCAUGGUCGUUACCGGGCCAGGGAUCCUGUAUCAGAACGCGGCAGAUUUGCUGCUAAUAAUUGCGGUGGCUGUCCGCCUCCUCUGCGCGGUACAUCAACAGGUUUCCGUCCAAGAUGGGCUAUGCACAGGGCAGACACAGCAACCGAUAUUCCUCGCCAUACAAUCAUUGACAACAACCUCAUCAUCAGCAUUAUAUUCUUGAUCGCUUGAAUGUCGCUGGACACCAACAAGAAGUCACUACCCAAGCUGCCGUGGGACAAAUCCCCUUUGCUGCUGUCAGUCAAACAUGCAGAGCGAGCCCCAGCCAGAACCCAGCGCAGCAACCCGCGCCUCCCGCCUAAGGAUGUCUACCUCAGCCUGGCCAUGCUCCUGUGCCUGACUCUCUCCCUCCUGACGGUCUUCUACACGCGCUUCGCCAUCUUCCUGGGCCAGAUCAAUCAGCUCGUGCUGAUCGGCUUCCUCGUCGCCGUCAUGGGCAUGUGUCUUGAAGGCCAGGUCCUCCGCACGGCCCUGAUGGCGUGCGGGAAGCGUCGGGGAACCACGCUGCAGGACCUCGAUGCGCUGAUGCGCAAGGACCCAUUCGCGGACCACGUCUUCUGGGCAUACCGGCUGUUGCUGCUGAUUAUCUUCGGCCUGCCGCUGCUGCUCAGCGUCGGCUACAAACAAUUCAUCGGCGGGAGCAGCACGAUCCUGGUGCACGAGGGCCCUGGGUUCUUCGGGUUCGCGGCGCCGCCGGGCAUGCAGCGGAUCGGGGACGGCCUCUCGCUGCUCUCACAAGUCUAUGUGCCCUUCUGGACGGACCCGGGCUUGAACCGGACGUACGGGUUCAACGUCUUCAUCGCGGCCGACAACAAGACCGCCGCGAUCGUGGACUCGCCGUUCCCUUCCUACCUGACGGCGAUCCAGAGCAGGCUCAAGGACGGGGAGACACUGACCAUGUCCACCACGGUCAACGCCACCGUCUCCGAGAUCCACGAUAUCUCGGACGAGGACCGAAACAGCGCGGACUUUUGGACCGACGUGGCCGCGCAGUUCGGGCACGACUUCACCGUCAACGGCGGCAACGUGCGCGGGGCGAACAACGCGCUCUGGGCGGGCAUGAGCGGCAACUUCCUGACCAACUUCACUACCAUGUACUUUUCGGCGUGGAACACGACGCGCAACGAGACGUUCGAGUCGGAGGCCAUCCGGACCGAGCAGUCGCGGCGCAUCGCCGACGUGACGUGGGUGAUUUCCCCGUCCAACAUCACGCUGACCGCGGCCAGGCUGGUCGUCCAGCCCGACGCCACUGUGAACCAGACGGUGCUGCAGAACAACGCCAUCGGCCUGCAGGAGAUGUUCAGCAACUACCUCGGCGAGUACGACUGGCACAACCGCGCGGGCGCCUUCGACUACCCGUACCCGAUCUCUCCGGAGAGCGGGCCGCUGGUGUUUGCGCAGCCCGUUAAUACCGUGCCGGCGCUGGCGGCGGCCAUGGCGUGGGCGCGCACCUCCAGCCUCGACACCAUCGUCCGGCCGCAGGGGAUCCAGAACGCCGAGAUCCGCGCCCUGACCGGCUACGACAAGGCCGCCGCCGACAUCCUCUCCAUCAAGACCGUGCCGACCCUGCGCCGCCAUCCGCUGCUGAUCCUGCUGCUGAUGGUGAACCCGCUCCUGUCGUUCAUCUGCGUCGCCGUCAAGGCCCUCGUGCUCCACGACAGUCCCGUCCGCGACGGGUUCAGCACCCUCUCUCUGCUCGCGGCUUCCUGGGAGGCCGAUUUCAUCGCCUCCAACGACGCUGCCAGUCUCGCUGGCGCUGGGGGGCGGCUGAAGCGGCCUGUCAUCGUGCAUUUCGCGCCAGAGAGGGGCUGAACUAAUAAUAAUCGCGAUGGGAAAUAGCCCAUUGAAUCACGACUUUUACAUGAACAGCAAAAAGGGGCAAGAUCGUGAUUGCUGAUGAGGACAAAGCUGGCAGUUGUAUCUAUGAAUUCAUCACUUGUUCGAGAAGACAGUGCAUUGAUCGAUCUGUGUAUAAAGACAAAGAACUUCGAGGGCCGGCUCUCAAUGGUGUGCAUAUAUUGCUGUUGCUGUGGCAGUGGCGCGCUGGCUUCUCAUGUAAAAUCCGAGCAGGAAACGGUCAUUUGACGCCCCGAGUUAUACAUACGGCCCAUUCAGCGAGCCGAUGUACAGCGACUGCUGGUGAUCCGCGACCCACUCCUUCAGCUCCUCCGAGAUGUCCAAGUGGCUCUUCUUCACAUUCCAGAAGGACGCAGGCAACAACGCGUCGUUGCCCGUGUCGACCUCGACGAUGGCAGCGCGGAGGACCAGGUCCUGCCUGCGAGCCACGGACCAUCGGCGCCCGCACAUGCUGAUGCCGUGCAUGAGCGUGUCGAAGAUGGGUUCGCGCCGCUGCUGGUUCAUCUUGCGGUAGAUGACCAGCUUGAACCGCGCGGCGACGAAGAGCAUGGUCCCGAGGACCGGCGUGCUGAGUUCGGCGUCCGCGUCGCUGAUGCUGCGAAGCGCCAGCACGAUGUCCUCGCACGCCUGGAGGCAUCGCUGCAGCGGAAUCUCGUUGCACGAAGUUUCAUCCGCCUCGAUAAGGCGCGCGUAGAGGAUGAUGACACUCGCAUGGGACAGGAUGCUGGUGAGGACGAGGUUGGGAUCAAAGUCGAUCAGUCCAUCUGCCAGCAACGUAUAGCUGGUGGCUGGCUGGGCACGGACAUAGUUCAUGAGGUUGUGGUAUAUCUCGUCACACGUGGCAAAUGCCUGGCCCUUUGCUUGAUCAUAUCUCCCCUGCUCAUGGUCGUAGAGGAAGUUGUGGAGAGGUUGCAGGCCGAUCGCGGCGAGAUGCGUGUGGCUGCGGAAGCUGUCCCUGAGGUCCGGCGUGCUCACAUAGGCAACGCUCGACAAGUGGUCCAUCACGGCAGCC